AUGUGCGGCAAGUUCAGCCUUCUUGCUCACAUUGAUGGCAUCGCUCCUUCCCAACCUAAUGACCCCACAUGGGUCCAGACCGACUACUUCAUUCUUUCAUGGAUGUACGGCUUGGUCGCUGCCGAUGUCCUCGACGCCACGAUGGAACCCAAUCAGGGCGCUCGCAAUCUUUGGGUCGCCAUUGAGGAGCAGUUUCACAACAAGGAACAGCGAGCCACCUACGUUAGCAACCAAUUUCACACGCUGGUCCAAGGCGACAUGACCAUCUCGGAUUAUUUUCAACGCCUCAUGCUCAUCAUCGACUCUCUUCGCGACCUCAGCUACGGGGUCACCGACCCACAGCUUAUUCUUAAUAUGAUCCAUGGCCUUGAUCCUCGGUUUAGCAAUCAGGCAGAUCUCCUCGGUGCCAAAGAUCUGUUCCCAACGUUUUCCGCUCGGUCCACUCUCUAG